AUGUCCCAUUCGCGGGAAGGGGAACUCCCGUUAUACUUCCCCACAGCUGCACAGAAGGCCGUGCUGACCCUGGACCCGCCCUGGAGCACCGUGUUUGAGGGGGACAGCGUCACUCUGACGUGCAGUGGAUCCCGCUUUGCAGGAAGCACCCGCACCUCUUGGUAUUUUAAUUCUGGGGAGCAUGUCUCUGAAUCAACACAAAGAAACAGCGUCCAAAUUAAAGCUGCACAAGUGAAAAACACAGGCAAAUACCAGUGCGAGACCCGUGGCUCCACACGCAGUGACCCCGUCCAGCUGACUGUCUCUCGUGGCUGGCUGAUUCUCCAGGCCCCGCAUUAUGCAGUGUUCGAGGGGGACCGCCUGCUUCUGAGAUGCCGCGGGUGGAGGGGUGGUGAAGUGCAUGGGGUGAAAUACUACAGAGAUGGAACAGAGAUCACACCAAGGCCUGUUCAGUCCAGUUAUACUAUUGAUCAAGCAAAGACAACAGAAGGUGGCAGAUACCAAUGUAAAGGAGAAGUGAUAUCUGGUUCCGUUUAUUAUCCACGUGUCUCUAAUGAGGUGCUGGUUCUUGUCCGAGAGCUGUUUUCAACACCCGAGCUGAGGGUGGCCGGCUCAGCUGAAAUGAGAGAAGGAAGCUCCCUGGCCCUGAGCUGUGUCACGCAGCCCAGCCCCGAGAAACCUGACCUACGGCUUCAGUACUCCUUCUACAACAACAGCACGGUCGUGAGAGAGCCAACGAGCUCCCCCGAGUACCAGGUCCCAGAGGCAGGGCUGGCAGACUCGGGACCCUACUCCUGUGUGGUGCAGGCGGUGACCUCAAGUGUCCAGAAACGCAGCCCUGAGCGAGACAUCGAGGUUAAACGAGUCCCCGUCUCUGGAGUCACCCUGAGGGUGCAGCCCCGCAAUGGGCAGGUGGUGACAGGGGAGCGGCUGGUGCUGAGCUGCUCCGUGGCUGCGGGCACGGGGCCUCUCGCCUUCUCCUGGCACCGGGAGGGCUCUGGCCUGGCUCUGAGGACAGAGACUCUGCGCUCACGGAGGAUGGACUACGAGAUCCCUGCUGCCACGGAGAGCGAUGCCGGGGAGUAUUACUGCGCUGCCUCCAAUGGCCAUGACCCCGUCCUGAGCCCACGGGUGACGGUUACAGUGUGGGUGCCUGUGGCUGGGACCAGUAUCAUCAGAGAUAAGCCAGAGCUGGUGCUCACAGUGGGAGAAAGUCUGAAUCUCAGCUGCUCGGUGCAGGCAGGGACAGACCCAGUAUUCAGGUGGCUUCACAACAGCCAGGAGCUGGACGCGGCCUCAGGGCUGGGCCUGCUGAGUCCUGUGGGGCACGUCCUGUAUGUGGAGUCGCUGCAGCUGGACCACGCGGGGAAUUACCAGUGCAUCGCCAGCAACCAGCUCAGCCUGGAGAAAGUCUUCCAGGUCUCCAGCGAGAUUCUGGCCGUCACCGUGAGAGAGGCCACGAGUGUCUGGGUGAUUGUGGGCAUGACUGUCGCCCUCCUGUUCUUGGUCAGUGCCACAGUGGCUGCCAUGUUCUACGUCAGGCACCGGCAGAAAGCAGAAGAGACAUGUUUCACUGCCUGGUGGAGGAACACCCUGGGCCCAGUGCAGCAGGAGCCCCCCACCCAGAGGCUGCCUCCCCCAGCAGCCGAGGCCGCCACUGACCUGGAUCCAGAGUACCACAAUGUGUGUCCCCGGCAGCAGAGCAGAGAUGUGGUCUAUUCCACUGUCACCUUCAAGAAAGGAAGCAACGCCAAGCCCACAAGAACCCCCCAGAUGGAUGAUCAGGAACACCUUGUCACCUAUGCUGUGCUCCCCAGCCUCAAGCCCUCUUGGGAUUCGGCCACCAGAGUGAGGGCGUCAGAAGGGGGAGACUCAUCCAGGAGCGACAUUUAUGAGAACGUUCCCCACCCGGACCUGCACCGACCCUAGAACGGCCCUUCAAUGCCUGGGACUGCUGGGGCUGCUCAGUAACACCUCAAUGCCUGCUUGGUCUGUGGCACAAAGCCAGGGCACGAGGGCUGUGACCACAGAAACUGAUGCUCAGCCUGGUGCCUUUAGUGACAACAAAGCAGUGGCUAGGCUGCAGCUCUGUGCUGAGUGGCUGGUGCCAUCCCUAAGGGCAGCAUGCCCAGAUGGCCAGGGCUGAGCUGCUGAGCUAUGUGACUGGCUGAAUUAGGGUGUUUUGGCCCGGAUGGAGGGAGCCCAGGUGGAAGCCGUAACCUGCUGUGUUCCCUGGAGUGGGGUCUGUGACUCUGCUGUCCUCACCCCAGAGGUUGCUGCUGUCACAGACCUGCCCACUGAGGAUGCCAGAGUCCAAGAUGUUCCAUGCUGUCCUGCUGCUUGCCCCUAGGAAGAGACCACGGUUGUUCUGGGAUAGCUCUGUAUCCCCACAAGCAGAAGUGGGUGGGAAGGGAAUACUCAGGAAUGCACCAGCCACAACACGCUGCCGCAGAGGUGCAGCCAGCUGAAUUUAGGGUUUCAGCUUCUUCAACAAUGGGGUGUUGUUCCAGGAAGAUGGACUUCUAGGAAGAGAUGGGGUCCACCUGAUGAAGAGAGGGAGGAGUGUCUUGGCUUGCAGGAUUGCUAUCCUAGUGAUGAGGCUUUUAAGCUAGGCUUCCUGGGGGAUAGAGAUGGAGCCAAACAUCCAGAGGUAAAUAAAGAGCCCAGAGAGCUGGAUAAAAACUUAGUAAGGGGAAGUCAUAAUAGAAACCUUAGCGAUGGUCUCCUGGAGAGGGUAGGACAAUCAGAUAGACACUGGAAAUAUUGAUGCAACAACAUGAGAAACAUCAGGAGCAAACAGGAAGAAGUGGGGGUCCUAGUACGCUCACAGAAUUAUGAUGUAAUUGGGAUAAUGCAGAGGUGGUAAGACAGGAUAGGCAGGGAAAACAGGUGAUGGCCGCACGUUCCUCCAAUGUGUUGAGGGGUAACCUUUUGAUUCAGAUGGUAAAGAGGCCAAGGAGGGUUGAAAGGUCUUGACUCAUUGCUCAGAAACAGGUAGAAAUUGGUUGAGAAUGUGAAGGUAGAAAGUACCUGGGGUGAAAGUAGCCACGAAAUGGUAGAGUUUGUGAACGGGGACCUGGUGGACAGGAUCCCUUGGGAGGCAAGUGGGAGGGGAAAGGCAUUCAGAUCUGGCUGCACUUUAAGGGACUUCCUUAAGGGCGCAGAAGCAAGUUAUCCCGAAGUGACAGAAGAAUGGGAAGUGCCACAGGAGGCCAGCCUGGCCAAACAGGAGCCUUUUUGAGUUUCCUAUAAAAGUUUCCUCUUUUUGAGUUUCCUAUAAAAAGAGGAAAUUUAGUCACAGUACUAGGGAAAUGGUGGGCAAAGGGGAAUAACAGACCAUCAGCUAACUUUGGGAGCAUCAGCAGUUCACUUUGGGGCAUGAAAGGGAGCCAUUGUUUGGGCGCUGGGGGCAGGCAAUGGGGCUGGCAGCGCUGCGGCUCUUCCUCAGACUGAGGGUCACUAGAAGGGCUGCUUCUUGGACAUCCUCUGGCUCCUGCCUUCCCUCACACAGCUGUGCCUCCUCCAGCAUGGAUGGCAACCCUGGGGGUAGGGGGCCCACAAAGGGCUGUUCUCUGUAAAUACUGCCACACCAAGGUUGGACACCAACAGAGAUUGUACACUGCUGGGUGACACACAUUUUGCAGCCCAGAGGGAAUGACCACAGUGGUGCUCCAAAUGCAGGGUGCAUGCCAGGAAGACCUGUGGAAACAAGGGUGUGAAAGGUUGGGUGGUGUCUUGGGGAAACAUUUGGACUGGCUUUGCCUGGUGUCAUCUGUGGCUUGGUGUGGAAGCUGGGGACCCCUGAAGUUGGACACCUGGAAAGAAUGGACAGUGCUCGGUGAAGCCCAUUUUCAUGCACUGGGGGAACAGCUUUCAAGAUGUGGGGUGCAGCUUGGGGACACAGCUCAGGAACUAGGGUGGGUGGAUCCUGGGCACUAAGAAAGGGCAACUGAUAGGGGUAGCUUGCAACUUGCAUGACACUGGGAUGGUCCGGGGAGCUCCAGGGUUGGACACCGGCAGAGAAUGUACGCUGCUGGGUGAAGCACAGUUUGCAGCCUGGAGCAAACGACCACAGUGGCAUCCGUGCUAGGGAGACAUCUCAGAAACUGGGAUGGGUGGAUGCUGGGCAAUGCGAAAGGGGAACCAAUAGGGCUACACUUGCUGCGUGUGCUGUCACCUCCGGCUUUGUGGGGAAACCUUAAUUCGGAUGACGAGUAAGAAUGCAUAAUGUUGGCUGAAGCCCAUUUUUUGCAAUGGUGGAUUGGUUUCCCAAAAGUGGGUGCAGCCUAGGGAGAGCCCAGAAAACAGGGUGGCACAAAACUGCAUGCUGCUGAGACCAGACAAGAAUAGGCAGUAGAGAUGAGGAGGCAGUGCAAAGGACAGCUAUGUUGGGCAGUGGCAGGGGAACGUUUUUAGAGAGCAGCUUUCCCUCCACCCAGUUCAGAUGAGUUCAUAAGGAUGACUUGACCUGGGGUCAACUAUAGAAUAUGGGUGAACCAUGGGGACCUAAAAGUGGGAAACCUUUGGGCUGUGGUAAUAGGGGAGUGUAAGUAUGAACAUGUCAGGCUAAAGGCUGCGUGUCUCACAACUGACCUCCAGCUGUGCACAGCUUGAAUGCAGACGCAUCCACACAGACUCCUGCUGAUGAAUCCUUGGCGGCAUCGAAGUGCAUAGUAGGGCUGUGCGAGGCUUCGACCCUGCUUCGGAUCCAGAGAAGCUUCGGAUGCUUCGGGGUCUGAAGCAUGUCCGGGUCAAAGCACUGGCCUCGUUAGGCUUCCUGAAGAGCUUCGGAGCUGCCUUAGAGCUGCCUCAGAGAUCCGGCCAUAGGGUAUAAUGGGGAAGCAAUAAAACAACUAUAACUUUG